AUGUCGGGACAGACACCCAGCCGCGAACUCGUCCCCCGGAUCUUCCCCGAGGUGACGCCUCGGGGCGGAUUCACACAGGCGUACAGGAAAUGCCCGCAAAGGCGAUGGCGAACGACGGGCCCUGACGCUCCGCGAGCGGCCGGGGAGGCGUCACGGCGGGAGCAGCGGCGGCAAAAAGCGGAACGCAGGGUACGCGCUCCCCGCCGGCCGAGGAAGCCUGCGGCCCGCGAGCGUCGAGGGGGCGCUGACGGCUCGCCUGUGAAAGCAGAGCUCAGUCUGGAGGGUCGUGACCCCUUCCCGGAGCGUGUAGGCAGAAUCCGCUGUCAGGCAGGGGGUUCCUUUCCGUUCUGGCCGACUGUGAGCCCGCAUCGCCCUCACGCCGCCCCGCCGGGUGCCUCCCGGGCUGACGCGCGGCCGCCGGGACAUCCCGGCCCCCCGUCGGGUGAGCACAGGACGCCCUCGGCGGGGAGGCCGCGGAAGGAGCCUCGCACGAAGGCGCGCGCCCCUCGCGCCCCACUGCGCACUGGGAAAGGCUUCGGCGGAGGCCGGGCAUGCGCGGUGACGGCGGGACGCCCCCGCGGCCCUGGAGUCACGCGCUCCGCCCCUCCCACCGCCCCACGCCGACCCUGCGGCGCGUCUGCUCCCAAAUUCCCCACCCGGAGCCCGGCGGCCGGGGCGCGGGAGGACCCCGCGCUGCGCUGUACUCCGUCUGCAGCCUCCCGGGGAGCCCGAGGUGCGGCCGGCCGCUCUGCCCAGGUGUUCAGGAAGCGGCAUGGAGCCUUCGCUCAGCACUGGACGUCUUGGGCAAAGGUGACGUGUUCGUGGCCCGCCUCCGCCUGCUCCGUUCGCGAACACUUGCGUGGAAGGUGUAGGGCCUGCAUGUCUCCCAGGACCGGUCAGCUGACCCGGGGCGCACGCCUCUCGCCCCGUGCCGACUCCCUGCCCCUCCAGGCGGCGCUGCUGGCGGCGGGCAGCUGGGGGGAGGCCUGGAGUGCACAGCGAGCUGACACGGGCGGCGCGUGGGAUCCGGUGGGUCAGCGCGGGCGCUCGGCCGCCCGCCCGGCCCUGAGCAGCCGCCGGGUGCAGGCACCUGGUGGCCCCACGCAGAAAGCGGCCGAGGCGCGGCCCUGCUCCCCCCGGGCGGAGGCAGGAGAAACGCGCGAGGUGCAGCCGGGACCCGACUGGGGCACCUGGACGGGGCCGAGGUUUCCUCGAGCCCAGGGACCAGCUGCCUCCAUCGUGCAAUCCGCUGUCACCUGCGUGAAGGUUCAGUUACUCAGCAGCCUGCAGAGAGGUUUCCCCGCGAUUCACGGCCCGCGGCAGGGCUCUCGGGUGGCAGAUUUGCAUGUCCAAAAUGGACCCAAAACGUGGAGGUUUUAUAAAACCCAACAAGUUAAAAAGAGAAGUUUACGUUUUUCUGUUAUAGAGCCAACAUGAUGAGGAUAGUCCUGUUUUUAUGGUUCCCGCUUUGUUGACUGAAAGAAAACUCGCACUCUAGCCUCCAAGUGAUUUUUGAAAGCGAGAUGCUCAUUGGCCGCUGGUUCCUCGGACACAAGCAGCUCCUUGCUGGCCGCGGCGAGCUGAGCUGAGAGCCGGCCCCCCAGGGCGCCCCGUACGCCCCCGCGCACCUGCCCGGCGCCCCACGACGCCCGGGCUGCCCCUGCACACUGCCGCCCUUUGACCCCAGUGGGAGAAAACAGCUGCCUGAGGACCUGAUCUAAGCCCAGCGCACUGGGGGGCCGCCGGCACGCCUCCCCGAGGCAGGGGCCCCGGGCACCAAGCCCAGCUGUGAGGGGAGCUGGGGAGAGCGUUCCAAAGCGGGGGGGCCUUUCCACACUCGGGUCCCUACAAUUCAAGGUCCUAAACGUGGCCUUUGGAGAUUAGCAUUUAGUGCUUUGAAAGGUCCCAUGAAAUGGAAGUCCCUGGAGGAGGGCACCAAAGCUCAGGCCCGCCAUGCCGGCCUCCAGUUAUUCAAACUCUAGCCGGAGAGGCCGAGCCCGAGCGUGCGGCUGCGGGAUCAGAAGCACGGCGCCGCCGGCGAAGGCCGCGCAGGUGGGCGGCGGGCCCUCUCCCCGACUCUCGCUGUGACCCGGGACGUAGCUCACAUCUCCGCGGUCUCUAGGUCAGAACUUCAAAGAAGCAGGUGACUGGAGGUUUUCCCCCAAUAAACCGCCUGCGCACUCCGUAUACCGCUUAGAUUAUUAUAUUCAAAGCCCUCUAAAUCGCCGUGUAAAUGAGCCCUGAGAUGAGGACCCUGAUCCCGGGAAUGGGGAAGCAGGGGGAAGCGCCGCAGGGUGUGCACCCUGCACCAGCAAGGGGCAGCUUCCUUGGGGAGCGGCCUGGGCCCAGCCUGGAGGACGGCCGACCACCUCGGAGGAGGCAGGAAGGUGAGGCUGCGCGGCUGCAUGGCAACCCCCCCUCCUGGAAAGGCGGGAACCCGGCGGGUGCUGCGGGCAGCUGGAGGCAGGCAAGUGGUUCUGCCCUCUGCUCAGGGGGGCGUGGGGAAAUGCUUGGAGCCCAGCCUGUCAGCUCAAGCAUACAAAUGACUGAGGGAGGAAGCGGGAAUGAAAAUCGGCUGUAAUGGGCAGAGAAACUCUAUGAAUGAAUGAAUAUCGACAUGGUCGUUUCCCCAAACACAAUGCGUGGCAGAAAACACAGACCAAGCUGAGCCUGUGAUCAGUCAGCGUGUUCCGCACCAGCGCCUGCCCUGUAGCUCUGAUCAGACAGAGCCGAGUGUGAAUCCCAGUUCACCGACUUACAAGCUGUGUGACCUUAGGCGAGUUACUUCACGUCUCAGAGUCUUAGUCAUGAACUGGAGGCGACAGAACUGACUCCCCGGGAGGUUGUCUGGAUAAGAUAUAUACCAAUAUAUUCUGUACCAAUAUAUAAUUAGGCAAAAAUGCUUUAUGCUUGAAGCUCACUAAAAGCCAAAUGAAGAAGUUCCAGAGGUCUAUUUGGACAACAAUGUGAAUAUACUUAACACUAUCAAGCUGUGCACUUAUAAGCGUUAAGAUGGGACUCAAGCUGAUGCAUCUGCUUAUAAUCUGAAGUGGCUGCUUUGCCUGGCUGCUUUUCCCUCCAGCCUGUGCUGCCAGGAAACCUGUAAUGACUGUUUUCUCUCCGUUUUUCUCUUUCUGAACUGCGGUAAAAUUUCAUUCACACUGGUGCCAUGAUUCAUGUGGCCUUCACUUUGCAUGAAUGCAUCAUUUGUGUGGUAGGUCGGCCCUGUUCUCAUUAGCCUGUGACAAUUAAAAUAGCUUAGUUAUUUUUAAGAUUUGGACAUAGAUACUACAGAACUCUAAGGAAUGAGAACACCAUAAACGUGGGGCAAGGAGGCAUGGGAUGGCGGCCUGGGGCCAGGCAGUUGUUAGAUCCCAAGCAGGCUGAGAGUCUGGGGCCAGGGUCCACGUGGCACAGGGUUUCGGAGCCCCUGUGGGCUGAGGGGCGUGACCGUGCAGAGGCAGCCUCGUGUGGAGUGUGGAGCCCAGGGCAGGGUGCGGAGUCUGUCCCUGCGAGAGGGGUGGCAUGCUACAGAUUUCAGAGCCCAGUGCGGGCGAGAAGCCUAUCUGUGGAGGAAGGAGGUCCGGCACCAAUUGUCAUAUCCAAAGAUAUAACCUAAUCAUAAGAAAACGCCAAGUCCAAAGGGAGGGACAUUCUGCACAAUGACUGGCCUCUGUUCUUUAAAUGUGAAAAGGAAAGACAGAGGAACUAGUCCAGACUGAAGGAGCCUGCCUAGGAAACAUGAAGAGAAAUUGCAUGGUGUGGCUCUGAACUGGAACCCCUUGGCUCUCAAGCUUGGUUUGGACCCUAAGAAACUCGCCUGGAGUCUGUUAGGCCCCCAUGCAUCCGUGUGCGUCUCCCCGUGUGGCUACCUGGCCCGAUGUAAUGUAAGGGAAUGUGUCCGAGCCUGUGCGCAUUGAUAGUCGGAUGCGACGGGGGAAUCAGAUUGGCAACUUCCUUCCACGUGGUUUGGUGGGGGAAAUGGUCUUUGUACUUGACUUGCAACAUUUCUGAACAUCUGAAUUCAUCUCAAAUUUAAUAUUUAAUGGUACAGUUUUUUUAAAGAGGAUAAAAAUUCAUGUAUAAAAAAAUGAUCAAUUGUGUAGAGUUCUCGCAGUGAGCACUUACUAUGUAUUAGAUACUGGACUAAGCAGUUUGCAUAUUUUAUGUCAUUUAAUUUCAUACAAAUCUUACAAAGUCGGUAUUACUAGUUUCAUUUUACAGAUGAGGAAUCUGAAGCUCAGAGAGGCUAAGAAAGUUGAGUAGGUUCCUAACUCACCUAUUGCACUGCUCAGAAAAAAGACUGGAAGAAAAUUUGAAAAAGAUUGAAAACUAUUAAUAGCAAUAGUCUCUGGGCAGUAGAACAAUGAAUGACUUUUAGUUUUUCCUUGUGUAGUUUUCAGUAUUUUCCAAAGUAGCUACAAUGGCAUGUUGCUUUUGUAAUUAGAAAAAAAAAAGGAAAGUUUUCACUGAACAGUAAAUAAUUUGUUGUAGAGCAGUGCUGUGAAAAUGUGCUCAUUAUUCAGAACCAUACUGAGUGACCCAAACUAUUAAUCAUGAUUUUGUCUCUUAGUAGUAAUAUUAUUGGUAACUUUCAUUUUUAAUUUUUUACUGCUUUAUGAUUUAUUGUUUCUAUAAUUAAUUAUUUCAUUCAGUCAACAAAUACUGAGCAUCUGCUGUGAUGUAUUUUUGUAAGAAGAAACAUUUUUAAAGAAAACAAUGUACUGUAUAAGUUCAAAGUUGUAAAUUUUAUUCAAAAGAGCAGGAAGAAAGGAUAUGCUUAGGAAAAGACUGAGCACCAAAGUGUGGCUAACAGUUAUGCUCCACUGAUAGAUAGUGGAAAUUUUAUCUUUUCUUAAUAUUUUUCUAUGCUUCCCCAGUUUUUGCCAGCAUGUGUUAACUUAUAUAUUCUAUGCAUGAUGUGUUUCCAGUGCUUGGAAGUGUACCUGACACACGGUACAAGUUCAGAAAGAUUUGUUGAAUGAAUAAAUGCUUUUGAGUUUAAA